AUGAAGGAAAAUGAAAUGACCGACUCCACUGCGGAGAAGAUAGAGCAUGUAGAGGGGAGCCCAGAUCCUACAUACGCUCACAAGGAAGAGAAGAUAGACCUCGAGAGCCGCUCUCUUGGUAAUCUUAAUGCCGUCUUCGAAAACCCUCUUGCCGGAAUUCCCCGCGAACAGCUCUUUAAAGAUGUUGUCGAAUUUUGUACUAAGUACGAUUUGAUGGAUCAUGUCGAGACUUUCAAGAAGGGUGCUCUCAUUUCGCAAGAUCCUGCAUCGGCAACCAGUCUUCCUGAGUUAUCAGAGGAAGAGAGGGAGGCCCUUGUACGUGAACAUACUCACAAGUGGUCACAGCCGUGGCAGUUAUACUUUUUAGCAUCAAUGUGUUCUUUGGCCGCGGCUGUUCAAGGCAUGGAUGAGACCGUCAAUAAUGGUGCCCAGGCUAUCUACUUUGCUGAAGAUCAACUUAACAUCACUUCCAAAAACAUCCAAGGCCUUGUUGUUGGUGCCCCAUACUUAGCUUGCGCGAUUGUCGGUUGCUGGCUUACUGAGCCCCUAAAUCGAUUAUUUGCCCGACGUGGUACAAUUUUCAUCUCAUGCGUGAUUGCAGCUGUUGCCUCAGUAUGGGAAGGUGUUGCAAAUACCUGGGUCAAUCUUUUCAUUGCCCGUUUUGUCCUCGGUCUGGGAAUCGGGUCGAAAUCGAGUACAGUGCCUGUAUAUGCCGCGGAAUGCUCCCCUGCUCCAAUCCGAGGUGCUCUCGUUAUGAUGUGGCAAAUGUGGACGGCCUUCGGUAUCAUGCUGGGUAACAUAAUGGGUGUUGCUUUCAUGAGUCUAGACCGAGACAUCAGUUGGCGUCUCAUGCUAGGAUCCACUGUUGUACUGCCACUUAUUGUCUGUGCUCAAGUCUACUUCUGCCCUGAGUCUCCAAGAUGGCUGAUCCAGCAAGGCAAAAUUCAAAACGCUUACGCCAAUUUCCGUGUCCUCCGACCAACAGACAUUCAGGCCGCAAGAGAUUUGUAUUAUGCACACGUGGGCGUUGAAAUUGAACGAAAGAUCAACAAGGGCAAGAACUUCUUCACGAUGUUCAUUGAGCUCUUUACUAUUCCCCGAAACCGCCGUGCCACGCUCGCUAGCUGGAUCGUGAUGUUCAUGCAGCAAUUCUGUGGAGUCAACGUCAUCGCCUACUACUCUACCUCUGUCUUCACUGAAGCAAGUUACAGCCUGACUAGUGCGCUACUCGCAUCCAUGGGAACCGGCAUUCUCAACUGGGUCUUUGCCCUACCAGCCUUCUUCACUAUUGAUACCUGGGGUCGCCGGAACUUGCUACUGUUCACUUUUCCCUUCCUCGCUAUCACUCUCCUGUGGACUGGCUUUUCCUUCUGGAUCGAAGAGGGGAAUGAAACGAGCAAAAAGAGGGUUGCAAUGGUCACGACGGGCAUGUACCUGUUUGAAAUCUUCUACUCUCCUGGAGAAGGGCCCGUCCCAUUCGCAUAUGCCGCCGAAUGCUUCCCGCUGCAAGUCCGCGACGUUGGCUGGUUUUUGGUCCUGUUGUUUGUGCCUGAAACAAAGUCUCUUACUCUCGAGGAACUGGAUCAAGUAUUCUCUGUCUCGACGCGCAAGCAUGCUUCGUUCCAGAUCAAGAAUGCUUUGUGGCACUUCCGUGUCUGGAUCCUUCGUCAGAAACUGGAGCCUCUGCCAGAAUUCUAUCAAGGUGCCGAGCGUCUUGCAGAAGUGGGUGAUAUUACAUCCAAGGAAGGAAAUAAGGGAGACAGGGGGCAUAAAGACCAGAUGCUGCAGACCUAG